AUGUCCGAUCAACCCCGCGGCCGCGGCGGCGGUCGGGGUCGAGGCCCUCGUGGCGGAGACCGUGGGGACCGUGGAGGUGGUCGCGGGGGUCGUGGCCGAGGACGAGGCGAUUUCCAAGAUCUGCCGUUUCGCCCUUCUGGGGGUCGUGGCGACUUCCGGGGCGAUUUCCGUGGUGGCCGUGGUGGCCGUGGUGGUGAUCGUGGAUUUGGUGAUCGCGGUCGUGGAGAUUUCCGGGGGCGUGGUCGAGGUGGCCGCGGUGGUGGUCCUCAGGGCCCUCGAAUCUUCAAUGAAGGCAAGCCUAUUACCCCGCCUGACACAACCGUCAGCAAGACGGAAGAUAGCAUGGCCAAGGCGCUUAUUGCGAGUCGCCAGCAGAAUGCAAAGAACCCUGCUCAAGCAUAUCCCGACCGGCCAGGAUACGGCACUCUCGGCCGGCCGGUUACCCUCUAUGCUAACUAUUUACCAUUCACCUCCGUGGGCAAGCCAAUCCACCGCUAUCAUGUCUACAUCGCUGCCGAGGGCGGCCGGGAGCCUGCUGGUAGAAAAGCACGACAUAUCGUGCGUCUCCUACUAGAGGAGCAUUUUUCUGCAAACCUGAAGAGCAUUGCAACCGACUACCGUUCAACUCUCAUCUCUGUCAGCAAGCUCACUCAAGGCCCGUUUGAUGUUCGCUACAAAGAUGAGAGUGAGGAGGAAUAUGCCGAGAACCCCAAGGUGUUCAAGGUCACUAUCCAACACACUGGUGACAUCAACCCCACUGACUUGAUUAAUUACCUCACCUCCGCCAAUGCGGGUGACAUGUUGACCUCCAAGCCCGAGAUCGUCCAGGCCCUGAACGUGAUUCUCGGCCACCAUCCCAAGACUGUGCGUUCGGUGGCUUCCAUCGGCGGUAACAGACAUUAUAGCCUUGAAGAGGGCAUGAUGGAAAAGGCCAGUCUUGAGGGUGGUCUGGAAGUACUGCGCGGGUUCUUCGUUAGUGUACGGGCUGCCACAGCCCGUGUUCUUUUGAAUGUCCAAGUUAAAUACCUGGCCUGCUACAAAUCAGGCCCCUUGGAAUGGAUGUUGAAAGAGUGGAAAUAUAGCAACUCCAACCAGAGCCUCUACAGACUGGAGGCUUUCCUGAAGCGUGUGCGGGUGAGUCUCACUCACAUCAAGCGCAAGAGCAAGAGUGGCAAGGAAAGACCUGCUCGCGUCAAGACCAUUUCUGGACUGGCAACUCCUCGCGAUGGUGGUUCGUCACCCAACAAGCCCAAGGUGGACUUCUACGGAGCUGGCCCCCAGGCUGUCAGCUUCUUCAUGGACGCCCCUGGAUCGCAGUCAACAUCGUCUAGCCCCGGGGAAGGCAAGGGAAAGAAGGGCAAGAAGAAUCCUCCCAAGGCUGGUCCGCCUCCAGCUGGCCAGUAUAUCACUGUUGCUGAUUUCUUUAAGAGAGAAUACAAUAUCACUGUGGAUCCUAGCCUUCCUGUUGUCAACGUCGGAACUCGAGAGAAGCCUGUCUACCUGCCUACGGAUGUGUGCGAGGUCGAGGCUGGCCAACCUGUUAAAAACAAGCUCUCCCCUAGACAAACACAGAACAUGCUCAACUUUGCUGUGAAGGACCGCAUGCCAGCACAGAAUGCCCAAUCCAUCGUCACGAAGGGUGUAGGUGUAUUGGGAAUCGGUCAGCCACUAAACUCCACCUUGAGUUCAUUCGGUAUCAACCUUGGAGACAAUCUCAUUACUGUGCAGGGCCGUGUCCUGCCACCACCCCGCAUUAUGUACGCCAAGCAGAAAGAGCUACAGGCUAGAUUCGGGAUCUGGAACAUGCAGGCCAUUCAGUUCUCUAAGCCUGCUACUCUAAAGAACUGGACUUGGCUAUUUAUCGACGCCCCUAAUAGCAGACAUGGUCUCACUCCACCAGGGCUGGACCACGCACUAAAUGAAUUUGUCCAGACUCUCAGAGACAUGGGUGUCGCAGCGGAGAAGCCCAAGCCAGGAGCGAGGAUCGAAUAUAGCUGGAAUGUCGACAAUGCUCCGGCUAUCGAAAAGGCCGUUCGUGGCCUGCAGGACAAACACAACCCACAACUCAUCCUGGGUAUCCUAUUUUCGAAGGACUCCCAGGUCUACAACAUUGUUAAGCAAGUCUGUGACGUACGCUGUGGGGUUCGAAACGUUAAUGUGCAAGCCGAGAAGCUCAGAGACGCCAAAGUGCAAUAUUUGGCAAAUGUCGGCCUGAAAAUCAACCUCAAAAUGGGUGGUGUCAACCAAACCCUUCGCACCUCGGACCUAGGCUUCUUCGCUGAUGGCAAGACCAUGCUCGUCGGCCUCGACGUCACCCACCCAUCCCCCGGUUCCACUAGUUCAGCGCCCAGUGUGGUCGGCAUCGUCGCCUCAAUUGACGCACAACUCGCACAGUGGCCCGCAGAUAUCCGCAUCCAGCCUGCGCGCCAGGAAAUGGUGUCUGACCUAGACACGCUUCUCCAGAGCCGCAUCAAAAUCUGGGCAAACCACAACAAGGGCAAAUUCCCAGAGAACAUCGUCAUCUACCGUGACGGCGUGUCAGAGGGCCAAUACGACACAGUCAUCGAGAAGGAACUCCCGCUCCUCAAAAAAGCCUGCCAGACCAUCUACCCAGCCUCCGACACAAAGAAGGGCCUCCCGCGCAUGGCCAUCGUCGUCGUCGGAAAACGCCACAACACCCGUUUCUACCCAACAAACGACACCGAAGCCGAACGCUCCGCCAACCCCCAACCCGGCACCGUCGUUGACCGCGGCAUCUCCGAAUCCCGCCACUGGGACUUCUACCUGCAAGCGCACUCCGCACUGCAAGGCACCGCCCGUCCCGCACACUACUUCACCGUCUGGGACGAGAUCUUCUACCCGCUCCACCCAGGCGUGGGACCCGGCAUCGGCGCCGCCGAUAAACUGCAGGACCUUACACACAAGAUGUGCUACCUCUUCGGCCGAGCCACCAAAGCCGUCAGCGUGUGUCCACCGGCUUACUACGCCGAUCUUGUCUGCACUCGUGCGCGCUGCUACAUGAGCGACUUGUUCGACCCUACGCCCUCUGCGACUCCGGCGGGUAGUGUCGUCGGUGGAGAUGCCGGUGAGCGUGUACCCGAGGCUAGCCAGGCUACCGUUCAUGCCAGCAUUAGGGAUACCAUGUUCUACAUUUAA